AAGCAGUUGUGCGGAGGGUCGGCCGUUGUCCCUGACCUGAAGGAGCGGUUCCUGUGCAGCUUUUUGCUUAGCUUGUGAAAUCUGUUUAAAGCGGUAAUUCAUUCUUGCUCCGAUACCUAAAGCCUGACUGAAAGCCAAAAUACUGGCUUCUGGGUUCAGGACCUGACGCCAAACCAACCUGCCUACUUGGAGCUUCAGAGUCAUGGCUACCAAGGAGUCAAGAGAUGACAAAGCCGGGUCCGCCCUCUCCUCAUCAGCCAAUCAGAGCAAGCAAGUCGCUGAAAAACCCAACUACACGCUCAAAUUUACUCUCGUGGGACAUACGGAAGCAGUAUCAUCAGUGAAAUUUAGUCCUAAUGGAGAAUGGCUAGCAAGUUCUUCUGCUGAUAAAGUAAUUAUAAUUUGGGGAGCCUAUGAUGGAAAAUAUGAGAAAGCACUUAAAGGACACAGUCUGGAAAUAUCAGAUGUUGCCUGGUCAUCAGAUUCCGGGCGUCUUGUUUCUGCCUCAGAUGAUAAAACUCUAAAGAUUUGGGAUGUGAAAGCUGGAAAAUGUUUGAAAACGCUGAAAGGGCACAGUAAUUAUGUUUUUUGCUGUAAUUUCAACCCACCAUCCAACCUCAUCAUUUCAGGAUCUUUUGAUGAGAGCGUGAAAAUAUGGGAGGUGAAAACAGGAAGGUGCCUUAAGACUUUGUCUGCUCAUUCUGAUCCAGUUUCUGCUGUUCAUUUUAAUUGUAAGGGGUCCUUGAUAGUGUCAGGUAGCUAUGAUGGUGUCUGUCGAAUCUGGGAUGCUGCAUCAGGUCAGUGUUUAAAAACACUGGUUGAUGAUGAUAACCCUCCAAUCUCUUUUGUAAAAUUUUCUCCAAAUGGUAAAUAUAUUCUCAUUGCAACUUUGGACAAUACUCUUAAACUGUGGGAUUACAGCAGAGGCAGAUGCCUGAAGACAUACACUGGUCAUAAGAAUGAGAAAUACUGCAUAUUUGCCAAUUUUUCAGUCACUAGUGGAAAGUGGAUUGUGUCUGGUUCAGAGGAUAACCUGGUUUACAUUUGGAACCUUCAGACUAAAGAGAUUGUACAGAAAUUACAAGGUCAUACAGAUGUUGUGAUCUCAGCAGCUUGUCAUCCUACAGAAAACAUUAUUGCAUCAGCAGCAUUAGGAAAUGACAAAACAGUUAAACUGUGGAUGAGUAAAUACUAAACCCUAAUCAAGUAGUAGAGCUAAAUGGGGGGCGGGGGUAGGUAUUUUAAAACAUGGUUUCUGUCAGUUUUGGCAUUGUUUUGUAUUUCUGUUAACAUUGUCUUGGAGUAUAUGAUUUUAAGACCUAUAACCUCAAUUUACAAAGUAAGAGAGUUGGAAAAGCAAAUCUAGACCCCAGGGUUUCUGACAUUUAUUCUUGAAGUCUGUUAUUAAUCUCUUGUGUCUGUCCUGAACAGAUUCCCAUUCUGUUCCUGUCGGUGACUAUACUAGAGGAUCAGUAUAUUUGAUAAAUAUUUAGAUGUAAGGCUUACAAAACUGAUCAAAAGAAGGGAGCACAGGAGUUUGGAAUAACUCCAAGGCUUUUGCUUUGGGAGAUUAGAUGAGUAAGAAUAAGCCUGGGGAUGGUGUUUCUGUCAGAUGCCACUCACAAGCCUACAUGAUAGGCUGGGAAAUGGUUCUUGGAAUCAAGUUUGUAACUUGGGAAAAAUACGUAAUGGUUGUGUUUGUUUUGACAGUUUAAAAAUAUUAAGUUUUUAAAAUGAUAAAAAGUAAAAAUAAACCAGAACAAAAUUAUAAAGGCAUUUUACGGAAGGACCUCUAUCUUGUCAUACUGCCCUCUCCUGAUUCUCAGGGCAAGGAUGGAUUGUGAGGCUGCUGCCUUUCAUUAUGUCUGACCACUCACUCCUGCCCACACUUCCACCUCAGAAACACCACUUUGUGGAGCCCUAACUGCCUGCCUGAUUCCAGCCACAGCUGCCGGCUGAAUUAGAUUUUCUUGCUUCUUUCUAUAGUUUGUUAUAAAAUUCAAAACAUAUCACUUACCAGUUUGUGUUGUAGUGGUUUCAUGAGCCAUGUUUCUGGUAAAUUAUGAACUCUGUGGAGUCAAAUAUGUUUUAGGCAUCUUUGUAUUUUUAGUUUUUGUACACCGAAGGCACUCAAGUAAUGUUGGAUGAAUAACAUUGAAUUUACCACCAUCACAACUUCAUUCUUUGCCUGCUGUAACAAAUUUUUGGAAUCAUUCCUCAUACUGUUAUUUUUGUUGAUUAAAAGUAUCUAACCAUAGCCUCACAUAUUGACUUUAUUCAAACAGGGUUUAGAGGAAGUGUAAAGUGGAAAACAUUUUUGGCCCACUUUACAUAUAAAGAUAUGAUAAACAUGAAAAAAUUUUCUAGAAAUUAAGCAAAAAACAAAAUCAUUUAAUUGAAAGCAGGUAUUAAGGAAUACAAAAGAAGACAGUUUUGCCAUUGUUGCUUAUGAUAGUGCUCAUGAAAUCAGAUUUGCUUGGCAAGUUCUAAUGAGUAUAAGAUACUAGAGUUACUAGUAGGGUAUGACUGCCAAGAAGUUAAUAUGUGAGAGUACUGAAAGAAAUGGGUUAGAUGGGCAGGGCUGAUUCUGGUCCAGAAAUUUAUAUUUAACCCCAAAAGAGAGAGUCACUAUAAGUUAUUGAACAAGAGGAUUGACACAAAUUGAGAAUGAUUGUGUAAAUUCAUGCUGUGUGGUAGCAUUUAUGAGUUUUGACUUAAAUAUUUUAUUAAACGAAAUGUCCAAAAUA